AUGGCCUUUGCUAUUGAUGAGAUCAACAAGAACUCCAACCUGCUACCUAAUGUGACUCUGGGAUACAGUCUUUAUGAUAACUGCGGGGCACUUGCUGUUGGAUUCAGUGGUUCAUUAUCAUUAGCGAGUGGUCGAGAGGAGCAGUUUCUGCUUGAGGAGAACUGUUUAGGGACCCCUCCAGUCCUUGGGAUUGUGGGUGAUUCUGCCUCAACAUAUACUAUUGCCAUCUCCAAUGUGCUAGGUUUAUACAGAAUGCCCAUUCUUGUAAAUUAUUUGCAAAAAGUCAACUUCAUGACACCGUUUGGUGAUCAAGUGUCAUUUGAUGAGAAUGGUGAUGUCUUACCAAUAUAUGAUAUCAUGAAUUGGCUGUGGCUCCCUGAUGGAAGAACUAAAGUUCAGAAUGUGGGUGCAGUUAAAGGGUCAGCCAAUGGAGAAGAACUCACAAUUGAUGAAGACAAUAUCUUCUGGAACUUUGAAUCCAAACAGCCACCCCAGUCUGUUUGCAGCGAGAGCUGUCCUCCAGGUACCCGCAUGGCCAGAAAGAAGGGGAAACCAGAGUGCUGUUUCGACUGCAUCCCUUGUUCUGAGGGAAAGAUCAGCAAUAAGACCGACUCCAUGGAGUGCACCAGUUGUCCAGAGGACUUCUGGUCCAGCCCCCAGGGUGACCACUGUAUUCCUAAGAAAAUAGAGUUCCUCUCCUAUCAAGAGCCUCUGGGUAUCUGCUUGACAACCACCUCGUUGCUGGGCACAUUUAUCUGUGCUGUUGUCCUGGUAAUAUUCAUCUAUCAUCGCAAUACACCCAUGGUACGCGCUAACAAUUCAGAACUCAGUUUCCUAAUCUUAGCAUCACUUAAGCUAUGUUUCCUGUGUUCACUGCUAUUUAUCGGUCGUCCCAGGCUGUGGACUUGCCAGCUAAGACAUGCAGCAUUUGGGAUCAGCUUUGUACUUUGUGUCUCAUGCAUCCUAGUAAAAACCAUUGUGGUUUUGGCUGUGUUCAAGGCCUCCAAGCCAGGGGGAGGAGCCAGUCUCAAGUGGUUUGGUGCUGUUCAGCAGAGAGGGACAGUUCUGGUUCUUACUUCUAUUCAGGCAGCAAUCUGCACUGCCUGGCUUGUUUCUUCUUCACCAGUGCCUUAUAAAAACACUAAAUACCACAAUGACAAAAUAGUGUAUGAAUGUGUAGUCGGGUCCACAGUUGGUUUUGCAGUGUUACUGGGCUAUAUUGGCUUACUGGCUAUUCUCAGCUUCCUGUUAGCAUUUCUGGCAAGGAAUCUUCCAGACAACUUCAAUGAGGCCAAGCUGAUCACUUUCAGCAUGUUGAUCUUCUGUGCCGUGUGGGUGGCUUUUGUCCCUGCCUAUGUCAACUCUCCAGGCAAAUAUGCAGAUGCAGUGGAGGUAUUUGCUAUCCUGGCCUCCAGUUUUGGCCUCUUGGUGGCACUCUUUGGACCCAAAUGUUACAUAAUAGUGCUCAAACCAGAGAGGAACACAAAAAAAGCAAUCAUGGGUCGAGGCACCACCAAGUCAUAA